AUGAGCAGCUCGCCACAAGCCAUCGACCAAGUCGAGUUUUUGCCCCGGCCUUCUGGAAAAGCCGACGGUAAACAUCACAUCGUCAUCGUAGGAGCAGGAAUCAUAGGAGUAUGCACAGCAUACUAUCUGACUCGCCAUCCGUCUUUUGACAGUUCUACGCACCACAUCACUGUUCUAGAGUCCAAACGAGUCGCAGGCGGCGCGUCUGGUAAAGCAGGCGGGCUUCUGGCUACGUGGGCUUUCCCGCAGCAGAUCGUGCCCCUCAGUUUCCAGCUGCACCAAGAGCUCAGUGACGAAUACGACGGUGAAAAUCAGUGGGACUAUCGUCGUCUCACCACGGUUUCAAUAGAGGCAGACGUUCAGAAUGUGAGCGAUCUGGUGGACAAGGAAGACUCCGCAUCCAACAAGAGCACCAAUUCCAGAUCGCACACGUUGGCCACUCGCAAAAAGAGUUGCGAGACCACUACUUCCAACAAGAAAAAACGGUGUGCCAAAACCAGCAGAAGCGAUCGCACCGGCAGCGGCGACGACGACGACGACGAAAAUGAUAGCGACGACGAGAGCGACGACGAAGAUCUGGAGCCUGUAGAGACUGCACCAAGUAAUACUGUAGACGCAGGCGCAGGGUCCGACUCGGACGAAAUACAAGAAUCGUGCGGAAUGAAUAGUAGCAGCGUUCCCCAAUCUUCCGAACUGCCUCAAGAUCUCAACUGGAUUAGAACACAACUUGUGCGCGACUGGUCUUCGCUGGGAGGUACAGACUCCACCGCACAGGUGCAUCCAUACAAAUUCACGUAUUUUAUCCUUCAUGAAGCCAUGAAGACCGGCGCGGUGGAUCUCAUCCUGGGUAAGGUCAACGAAAUCAAAUACAACGACAUGGGAUGUGCCUCGGGUGUGUCUUACAUUCCAACCUCCGAGGAAUUCGAGGGAAAAUCAGAUGAGGUGGAAACCUUAGAUGCCCAACAGGUGGUACUGGCAAUGGGGCCUUGGACUUCGAGGUUACUGCCGGACUGUCCAAUUUCCGGUCUCAGAGCACAUUCCAUUACCAUAAAGCCAUCCACAGGUACUGUUUCGCCGUACGCUAUUUUCACGGAAUUGAAAAUUGGUCGAAAUAACUACUUUUCUCCAGAGAUGUACGCCCGUAAGGACGAAGUUUACGUGUGUGGAGAAGGUGACACUUUGGUAGAACUGCCAGAAACCAGUGAUGCCGUCGAGGUCGUGCGUGAGAAGUGUGAUGAGCUUUAUCAUUACGUAUCGAAACUCUCUCCUAAUCUCUCCAGGGGUCACAUUCUGAAAAGGCAAGCUUGCUAUCUACCCGUCCUUAAUGUGCCAACCAGUUCGGGGCCCUUGGUUGGAGAGACUAACUUAGAGGGUCUUUACCUGGCUUCCGGACAUUCCUGCUGGGGUAUUAAUAACGCGCCAGGAACUGGUAAAAUAAUGAGUGAGUUACUCCUAGAUGGCGCAGCAACUAGUGCGGAUAUCUCUGCCUUGGAUCCAGGUCUCUAUUUCGACGCGAGUGUCUUAGAGUAA